CCUAUUUUAAGUUUUUAUUGGCAAUGAGUUUUGUAUGUCAGGUACUGAACUGUGUUAUGUUUUGAUUUCGUGUAAAUAAAGUUUUAAAAAUCGGUUAUGCCAUGUGUACUUGUUUUUACAUACGUGAUGCUUGAAAAAUAUAGAGGUAGCUAUGAGUGACGAAAGGCAAAAGAAAAUUGAAACUGGAAAAUUGAAAAUGGCUGAAAAGUAAUAUAUCAAGGCAUUUAUGACAAAUAUAUAACCUAGUUUAUAUGUGCUCAUUGAUAAUAAAUUGAAGUUGUAUAAUUUAAGUGUAGGAUUCAUCAAGAAACAAUGUAUCAUACUUUAUGUUUAGCAUCUUUAAUUUUAUUGGCUAAAUUUCAAAAGAAACAAAGUGCUAAAAAUAAACGCUUGCCUAAAAGCACUGAUACAGAUAGUUCAUUUCAAUGUUCCAGUCUCAAAGAUGCUGAUGAUAAGUCUGAAGCUACUGAUAGCUCUUCCAACUCCAGUAUUAAUACUAUGAAAGAAAAAUCAGAAACUUCACUUGAAGCUGUGAUGGAUUCUAGUCCAAUUGAAGAAAGUGCCUUUCCUAUUGCUGAAGAUGUUAGUGAUGAUGGAGAUCCAUUGUUGCAUGCCAAACAAACGGCUCUAGUCUCUUGUUUAGAACAAAAACUCUCAAAAUAUCAAGAUGCCUGUAAUAAAAAAGAUGCAAUGAUAAAACAGCUUUCUCAUCAAUUGGCAUCUUCAGUUAGAGCAUCUGAAGCAGAAAGCUCAGAAACUGUAGAGAAAUUUAAAGAAGAAAUGAAUAUGCUUCAUUUACAGUUGAGCAAAACUACCAGUAUGAUUCAGAAGCAAAAUUCUAAGUCAAAUGGCAAAGAAACACUUCAGGGGCCAUUGUCUGAUCAAGUGCCAUGUUCUAGUGAAAUUGGUAUACAAGUGGAAACUCCAAAUACUAUCAAUUUAGAGAAUAACGUAAUCAAUCUUUCUAAGACUUUAACAUCAUCUGAUACGAAUGACAGUAUUUACAAAGAACAAUAUAAAACUCCCGGUGACGUCUUAUCUGUUUUAAAGAAAAUUGAUUCAUUGACUGCGAUUACAAAAUUAAUCGAAUCUGUUGCCGACAUAUCAGUCCAGAGUAUUAACGAGAGUAGCGAUUUUUCUCCCAGUAAAUUUCAGUCACUAUUUCUGAAACGUUUGAAUUCAGCGGAAAGUGAAGCUACACAAAUUGACAUUUCAGAAAGUGAAAGUCAGUUGUCAGAUAUAAACUAUGCUGAUGAACUGUUUUUUAAAGAUAACAGCCAGAGUCAUGUUGAAAAAAUGCACUGCCGCACUGUUCCUCAGAACUUGAAUCUUGUGACAGAUUUCUUGCAUGGUGAAAUGGAAAAUAUUAAUUCUAUACUUUCAUCACUAAGAGCAGGACCUCAAGGGGAUAUGCUUUUCUUUGACAAAUCCACGAGUUUUAAAUCAAUUUCAGAAACUGAAGAUUUGGGUGAUAAAUCAUUGAACAGCUUGAAUUUUCAUGAAGUUCUUCAACAGAAAUCAAAGCUAGAAGCAAAAAUAUUACAUUUACAGCAUCUGCAAAGUGGUCUUAAAGACAUAUCACUAGAAAAUAGAACAAUUGAAAAUGACAAUUUCACAAAUUCAGAUGAUAAUUUAAUUAUGGAGGAACCUCCUUUAUCCUGUGUCAGUCUUUUGUCCUUGACUGAUAGUGAAUAUCGAACUGAAUGCAUUACUACUGACUCAGAAGCAAACUUCAGCCGCAAAGUUUCUUUAGAUUCAUCUAGGCCUGCCUAUGACAGAGAUUAUUGUCCAAAGUGUGAUAAAUAUUUUGAACUUGUAAAAGAAAAGUAUGAUGACCAUCUUUGCUUGCUCAAAGAAUCGCUUGAAAACAAUUUAAAUCUAGAAAAGAAUGAAGCUGUAAAAAAGUUAGAAUUAGAAAUCGAUAAAAUAAAAAGUGAUAAAGAUAAUAUGCAAGAACAGAUGGCGAAGCAAAUUGAGCUGCUAUGCCAAGAGCAGGAAAUGAAAAUACAGCAAAUAAUUAAUGAAAAUCAGAAACAGUUGUCAGAAAUUCAGAAAUGCCAAGACGAGUGGUUAAUUGAAAAAGAACAACUUCUCUCUGAUAUCAAAGAAUACGAAAAAUUAUUAAGCGUAAAAGACAAAGAGCUUCAUGAAGCGUGGGAUGAAAAGAACAAUAUAGAGAUUUCUCUGCAAAAACAGAUAGCUGAUCUUGUUGAAGAGCAUCAAGAAGAUUUAGAGGCUAGACACUUAUCAACAUCAGAGCAAUUUUCACAAGAACGUAAGAAACUUGAACUGGAACAUCUAUCUGCAUUGAAUGAUUUAAAAAGGCUGCACGAAGAUACAACAGGGGAACUUAGGAUGUCCUGUGCCAAAGAGCUACACAUACUUAAAAAGUCUCAUGCCGAAGAACUGGAUGAACAUAAAAAGUCUCUUGCCAAAGAACUUAGUGAACUUCAAAAAGCUCAUGCCGAAGAGCUCGGUAAACUUCAAAAAGCUCAUGUCGAAGAGCUCGGUAAACUUCAAAAAGCUCAUGCCGAAGAGCUCGGUGAACUUCAAAAAGCUCAUGCCGAAGAGCUCGGUGAACUUCAAAAAGCUCAUGCUGCUGAGCUCGGUGAACUUCAAAAGUCUCAUGAUGAAAAGCUUGGAGAACUUACCAAAAAGAUUGAUGAAGUGAAAGUGUCCCAUGUUAAAGAGCUUGAGGAAUUUAAAAUGUCACAAGUCAAUGAACUUGAUGCACUUAAAAUGUCCCAUGCCAAAGAGCUUAAAGAAACUGAGAUGCGUCUUAGAAAAGAACAUUCUGAGUCCAUCAACUUCAUUGAAGCUAACCAUUCUGAGGAGUGUGUCACAUACCAGAAAAGAAUCGAAAAUCUCUUGGAAGAGAAGUGUGAACUUCUGAACAAAACUACUCAAGAAUACGAAGCUCUUUUGAAGAAGAAUCACAAAGCUCUAGUGAAGUUGUGCAACCAGUUGCGUACCAAAAUAGUUGUACAUAAGAAAAAGAUUCUUGAUGAUAGUUUUCAAUCUCUCAAUAGUGAGUUAGAUGUAAGUGUUGCUGAUACUUUAGAUGUGUUGAACAAAAGCAUUGAAAAUGGACUUGUGAAAUAUUUAGAGAGUAAUUAUUUUGCCCAAGAAAUAUUUGAAGAAACACAAUAUUUGGAAUUACAAUCACAACUAUAUGAGGAUGAUUUACCACGUAUAAUUGUACCAAACAAAAGAAAGGAAAAAAUACAAAAGAUUGAUGUAGCUAUUCAACAUGGUGGUCCUGCAGACGUUGAAAAAUUGUCAGCAUCAGAAGGUUCAUUGUCUAGUAUCUCUCUAGGUGUAGAAGAUAUUGAACUAAUACAUUCAAAAACAGCUGAACUUCAAAAAGAUUUCCAGAGAGACAUUGCUACAUACAUGGAAGUAAAUGAACAACUACGCAGUGAUUUAUUAUCUCAGCAAGAUCAUAAUCAAGAGCUUGAAAAACGAGUGAAAUGUCUAGAAUCAAAAAUUCAAGAAAAGGAUAAAGAGUUAAGUGAAAAAGAAUCGCAACUGCAUUCAAUGGAAAAUGGAUCAAUCAAGGGUGGCUUAGCAGGUUCCCAGCUUUCAUCUUCUGAUAUUAGGUCUUGGCAGGUUGAUGUUGCCCAGACAAACUCCAGGUUGCUGCACGUGCUGUCAGAUUUAGUAAAGACCUUCAUGGACAUCGAAAGUGACAUCAAUCGUCAUUUGUAUGAGCAUGGUUUAAUUCCAUCUCGUACUGGAACAUUAGGACACCAUGAUGAGGAAACUGGUCACAGUGUGGGUUCCAGAGAAGACUUUGCUUCCCUCAGUUUUGGUGAAUGUCCAAAUCUCGAGUUAGCAGAGGAUGGACCUGAUCUCACACCCAGAGCCUGGGACUUGUUUUCAGCUGUUGGAACCUACGAUCAUGAAAUGGAAGGAGAAGAUGUAGUUUUGGGUGCUAGCCGUAGGCUGAGGCAAGCAGUUGACCAUGUUUUGAACCUGUUAACUCGAGCUCUGGAUAACCAACAAAAUCAAGAUUUGAAGCUUUUACUGAAACGUAAUGAAGAGCUUUCUCAGGAGCUUCAGGAUGAAACGAAAAGUAGAGAUGAUCUGCAUCUUCAAUUAAUAGCUACUGAGGGUACUUUGCGUAAGUUAGAGAAUGAAAAACAAAAACUUCAAGAUACAAUGGCUGAUCUUACAGAGAAUAUUGACAUGCUGAAAAGGGAAGUGACCAUUGAAAGAAACAAGGUCACUUAUUUGACUCAAGAAAAAGAAGCUGCCAAUGAUGAAGUUCAAACCCUAAGGAAUCAAUGUGAACUAUUGGCCAGUAGAUUAGGAGAUCCAGAAAAAAUGAGCACAAAUAAAACAUUGCAAUCAGAAGUCAUCCAUGUGCAUGAGAAGCCAGAACUUUUGCACGAGAACUCAAAACUUUCUUCAGAGAAACAUAAUGUCCAGAUAAACCUCAGCAAAGAGCGCCAGUCAUUCCAAGACAGACUUCAGCAGAUGGAAAUGGCCAUUGAGGACUUGACCGCUGAGAAGGAAGAAAUUAUGGAGAGGAUGUGUAAAGAAAUCAGAGAUUUAAAAGCUGAAAUGGAGGCCAUGGAGAAGCAACUUCAAUCUAAUAAAAAGUUUAUUGAAGAACAAGCUCAAGAGAGAGAGCAAGAAAGAGAAGAUUAUCUAAAAGAAUUGAACAAAAUGCAAGAAACACUUCGAGAGAAGGAAAAAAUACAAAGUAAUGAAGCCAAAUUGAUGAAAGAGAUUGAAUCACUGGAGCAAUCUCUCCGCUCCAGAAUAGAGGACCACAAGAGCACGAUGCAGAAAAAAGAUGCUGUAGAAAAUGAAUUGCGUCAACAUGUUGAUAAAAUCCGUGAUCUACGAGACGUCAUUGAAGAACUUGAGAAGCAGCUUAACAUAAAAACUAAAAUGGAGAUGGAAUUACAGCGGAAGUUAUCCUCUUUGACCGAAACGGUGAAUGCUCAUGAAAGAAGAAAUUCCCUUUUGGAUGAUGAAUUGACUAUACCAAAAGAUGUCAUUACGGGUGAUGAGUCUACUGAACACUUUCAGAACCUCAAAGAUAAAUUAGCUUUCCAAAGCCAGGAAAUUGAAGAAAUGUCUCAGAAUCGAACAUUAUUGCAAGAAUUGAGGGGACAGAUUCAUUUCUUGGAAGCUAAGGUUGAACAAAGAGUGAAGCAAUUAGAAACAGCUUUCCUCAGCUCUGGCAGUCCAAUCUUGAGCUCUGAUGCUUCCCCCACAAGCUCUCAUGAGAGUGAGACGAUGCAUCUUCCUUGUGAAGACGGUUGGGAAAUGUCUCCCAGGUCAAUUCAUUGGUUGGAAGUUAGACGGUUGGAGGAGAAGUUCGGACGGUUGACACACAUUGAUGAAGAACUUAUAAAAAGGAACAAGGAAUUGGAAACAAAACUCAAAAAACUUCUACAUGCUCAUGAAGAAUGUGAGCUAGAAAACGGUACUCUCCAAGAAAAGCUAUCUGAUCAAAUGAUGCAAGUAUCCAUUUUAAAAUCUCACAUUGAGGAACAAAAACACAGACCUAUCACACCACUUAAAUCUCAUGCUUUGAGCAAACAGCUGGAAGAGCUCAAAGAAGCAUAUCAUUCUGCAUUAGAAAAAAUUGACCAAAUGACAUCUCUGCUUGAUGAAAGAUCUGAUGAAAUCCGGGCGCUAAACGAGGAAGUAGCUAAGGGCAAUUAUACACUUGCCUCAUUGCAGAAAACUAUGCAAACUACAAUCAAUGAAAAGGAAGAGAUUGACAAAAGCAAGAAGCAAAUUGAAAGUGAUUUAUCUUGCUUUAAAUAUCUUGUGCUUGAGAAAGAUGAGGAACUCAAGAAAAAUUCUGAUUUGGUUAAAAGGCUACAAGAUCAAGUUGAAGAACUCCAAAACCAAACAAACUCUUUAUCUGUAUUGCCAGAUAUUGAAAAAGAAAUGAUAAGCAAAAAUGGACUCAUUGAAAAUUUGCAGAAAGAAAAUGCUGAUUUAAAGGAAUUGAUUGAAAAUUCUAAAAAAGAAUUAGACUCUGAAAAAGAUCAGGUAGAAGUUCUUUUCGAACAAAUCGCCACCUUGUCCCAAGAAAAUAAAAAACUUGAAGAAGAUUUAGACAUUGUUCAUAGUAUGAUGCAACAGAAGGAGCGAGAACUGGCAACAUUACAUGAAGAAACAGAUCCUCAAAUAAAAUUGGAAGCAGAGUUAGAAUCUCUUGAAAAAGAAUUGGAAAGUCAAAAAUUCAUUGAAGAAGAUCUAAGGGCUGAAUUGCUAAAAAUGGAAUCAGAGUUAGAAGCUUCCAACAAUGUUCUGAAACAGGAGAGCGAACAAUGGAAAUCGCGGUUAAAAGACCUUGAAACAUCUCAUCAACUGGAAAUUGAAAAUCUAAAAAAUCAACUGGAAAUCUAUAAAAAGACUAUUUCUAGUGUGGCAUCUGAGGACAUUGAUUUGGCGUCUUUACGAAAUGAAAUUAUGGAAGCUACCAAAAUUAUAAGGUUCGAAAAUCCCAGUGAUAACAAAGACUACUCCAAUCUUGUUUACUCUGUUUUAAAAAAAGCUGUUGACAGCAAAUUAAUGCAAACACAAAAAGAACAUGAGGCUAAUGUGAGUAGUAUUCAUGAAAAUUGGCAGCAUAAGAUUGAAGAUGAAUAUGUCGACAAAAGUAAUGUAGAAUCUCUUCGUAAGAAGUACAAAAAAGAACUUCAUGAAAGAUUGAAAAAAGAGGCAGCAGACAAAGAUUCGUACUGGCAGUCUAGAUUAGAAGAACUUAAAAAUUCUCUAAAGGAAAGUUACGAUGAGCAACUUUCUAAGGAACUGAACUUUCUUCAGAGUAAAUUGAAGGAAAUAACCUCAGAAAAGACCCGUCUUGAGAUUCAGGUUCGAAAGUUGACUCAACAGGUCGAGAAACUCGUCGAAAGCCUUAAGAUUCAAAAAGAGAAGAUUCCUGCCCUGAAGGAGAAGUUCACCGAAAAGUAUGAAAGAGAGCUAAAAAUGUGUGAAGAAAACUCAAAAAAGAAGCUCGAACUUGAGGUCAAAUGUGCUCUAGAACAAGAAAAAGAAAGACACCAAGAAGAAAUUGCUGAACUGCAGAAAAUGUACGAAAAACGUUGGAGCAGUGAGAUGCAAAAAAUAAUGACCAAUCAAAUGGAAGAGCUUAAAAAGUUGAGCAAUAACAAGAAAAUUAACCUUCAAGCAGUUUACAAUCAGUUUUCCACUGAGUUCAAUGAACAGUUAAAGAAAGUUCAGAAUGAGUGUCUCUCGCAAAUGAAAGAGGAACGUCAGCGUUUUCAUGCAGAGCACAAAGAAGAUCUUCAAAAAAUCGAACUUGAUUUGCAAAAGCAGUUUGAAAAGGAAAAGAAAUCUCUCCUUCUUACCAAAGAGAAGGAAAUUGCAACUUUUUCUCAAGCAUUGAAAGAAAGGAUGGCAGAAAUAUCUAAAUUAAAGGCUUCACUUUUGAAUAAAGACAUUGAUAGUUGGGAAGAGGAAAAGACAAAUCUUGUAUCUGAGCACAAAAAGGAAAUUGAAGAUUUAAAGCAUAAAUACGAAAGAUUUGUCCAAAACCACAAUGCCGAGGUUAAAAAUAUGGAAGAGGCUUAUAACCAUCUUUUGGAAGAAGUUUAUGAGCUGUUAAAAAUUGCUAAACGUGCUGCAACAGGAAGUGUUCUCUCUGACUCUGGUUCAAAUAGGACUGCUACUCCAUCUUCCGAAAUAACUUCUUCCGACGAAGCUUGCAGCUCGUGCCGAGACGACAUGCUGAUUGGAAAUAAAAAUCUUUUAGCGGAUAAGAUUUACCAAGAAGGCAAGAGGAUCUUAAAUUUAGUUGAUUCAUCUGACCUAACCUCAGGAGUGGAAAAAGAAGCCUGCUUAUGGUUGGAAGAAAGAACUUAUGUUGAUGGAAAACUGAGACACUUAAUAAACAAAAUUUCU